GAGCAGCUUUUAGACUGUAAAGGUGAAGAUGGAUGGAAUCAGCUUUUUGACUUGAUUCAGUCAGAGCUCUAUGCGAGACCUGAUGAUGUAUAUGUGAACAUCCGACUAGUAGAGCUGUACAGGUCAAAUAAGAGACUGAAGGAUGCUGUGGCCCACUGCUGUGAGGCAGAGAGAAAUCUAGCCUUGAGAACAAGCUUGGAAUGGUAUUCAUGUGUUGUGCGAACACUUAAGGAAUAUCUGGAAUCGUUACAGUGUUUGGAGGCCAAUAAAAGCAACUGGCGAGCAACCAAUAAAGACUUACUUCUGGCCUAUGCCAAUCUUAUGCUUCUUACGCUUUCUACUAGAGAUGUACAGGAAAGUAGAGAAUUACUGGAACGUUUUGAUGAUGCACUUCAGUCUGUGAAAUCUUUUAUGAGUGGGAAUGAUGAGCUAUCAGUUACUUUCCUUGAAAUGAAAGGUCACUUCUACAUGCAUGCUGGUACUCUGCUUUUGAAAAUGGCUCAGCACAGUGAGAUACAAUGGAGAGCUUUAUCAGAAUUGGCAGCCUUAUGCUAUCUCAUAGCAUUUCAGGUUCCAAGACCAAGGACUAAAUUAAUGAAAGGAGAAAAUGCUGGACAAAAUUUGUUGGAAAUGAUGGCUUAUGAUCGUCUGAGCCAGACUGGACAUAUGCUGCUAAAUUUGAGUCAUGGCAAGCAGGACUUCUUAAAAGAGGUUGUGGAAUCAUUUGCCAAUAAGAGUGGACAGUCUGCUUUAUAUGAUGCCUUGUUCGAUAGUCAGUCACCAAAAGAUAAAUCAUUCUUGGGUAGUGAUGAUAUCAGAAAUGUUAACAUACAAACCCCAGAACCUGAAGAACUGGCUAGAUAUGAUAUUGGGGCUGUUCGAGCACACAGUGGUAGCCUUCAGCACCUCACUUGGCUUGGGUUACAGUGGAGUUCAUUGUCUACCUUACCUGCAAUCCAAAAAUGGCUAAAACAGCUUUUUCAUCAUUUGCCACAAGAAACCUCAAGACUUGAAACUAAUGCUCCUGAGUCUAUUUGUUUAUUAGAUCUUGAAGUAUUUCUACUUGGAGUGAUAUUUACCAGCCACUUACAAUUACAAGAGAAAUCCAAUUUUCACUAUGAUUCACAUCAACCUCCAUGCUUGCCGCUACCUGUGUGCAAACAGCUUUGUACAGACCGACAAAAAUCCUGGUGGGAUGCAGCUUAUAAUCUUAUUCACAGAAAAGCCAAAGCUGGAACCUCUGCAAAGUUGCGCCUUCUAGUUCAGCAUGAAAUAAACACACUAAGGGGUCAAGGCAAACAUGGUCUUCAGCCUGCUAUGCUUGUACAUUGGGCAAAAAGUCUUCAGAAAACAGGCAGUGGACUUAAAUCUUUUUAUGAUCAGCGGGAAUACAUAGGAAGAAGUGUUCAUUACUGGAAGAAGGUUUUGCCAUUAUUGAAGACAAUUAAAAAAAAGAGCAAUAUUCCUGAACCCAUCGAUCCUCUCUUUAAACAUUUUCAUAGUGCAGAUAUUCAGGCAUCUGAAGUUGGGGAAUAUGAGGAAGAAGCACACAUAACAUUUGCUAUGUUGGAUGCAGUUGAUGGGAAAACUGAAGAUGCCAUGUCAGCAUUUGAAGCAAUAAAAAAUGUUGUUUCCUAUUGGAAUCUUGCCCUGAUUUUUCAUAGGAAAGCAGAAGACAUUGAGAAUGAUGCCCUUUCCCCAGAAGAACGAGAAGAAUGCAAAAACUACUUGAGGAAAACUAGAGACUACUUAAUAAAAAUUUCAGAUGAAAGUUGCACAGAUCCUGCUGUAGCUAAAAAGCUUCCAGUUCCUUUGGAGUCUGUAAAAGAGAUGCUUAAUUCAGUAAUGCAAGAACUUGAAGAAUAUAGUGAAGGAGGACCUCAUUGUAAAAAUGGUUCGCCCCGAAAUAUAGAUUCUGAUAUAAAACAUUCUAUACCAUCUCCAACCAAAUUUUCUUUAUCACCAAGUAAAAGUUACAAGUUUUCUCCUAAAACUCCUCCUCGAUGGGCAGAAGAUCAAAAUUCUUUAUUGAAAAUGAUCUGCCAACAAGUAGAAGCCAUUAAG